UCCAUGUCAACUUCAUUUUGCUUUGGACUUGAGUAUUCUUUGCGUUGCUUUGAAUUGCAAGACGUAGAAUCAAGCCACACUCUCCCCAUCAAUUUAAAGAAGACACGUUCACCAGAUUGCAACUUCCUGAAAUCACCAAUACUCAGAGGCCAAAGUUUGAAAUCAGCAACAAAAACGGAAUUCGGAUUCUUUUAUAUAUAUAUAUAUAUAUAUAUUUUUUUUUUUUUUCCUGUCAAAUUUUGAGGCCUAACUCCAUAUGGCCGAGGAACUGAACGAGUCUCUGGAAUAUACACCAACAUGGAUUGUUGCUGUCGUUUGCUCCAUCAUUGUUGCCAUUUCGUUUUUGGCCGAGCGUGGUAUUCAUCAUUUUGGGAAGUACUUGGAACACAAGGAUAAUCAUGCACUAUAUCGGGCCUUGGAGAAACUGAAAGAAGAAUUGAUGCUUUUGGGGUUCAUUUCCCUUCUAUUGACUGUCUUUCAAGGUGUAAUAAGUCGCAUUUGUAUCCCACCUACCCUCGCAACAAAUAUGCUUCCAUGCAAGAGGCAUCAUGAGUCCACAACAGGUUCAGAGCAUGACUUAAUUUACUACAACACUAUAAUCAACAGAAGAAGGCUAUUUUCUGACGAAACUAGUUCAAGUUCAAAGCAUUGUACCCAAAAGGGGAAGGUUCCAUUGUUAUCAUUAGAAUCAUUACACCAUCUGCAUAUCUUCAUCUUUGUAUUGGCCGUUGUGCAUGUGGUAUUCUGUGUCACCACAAUGCUUCUUGGAGGUGCAAAGAUCCGCAGAUGGAAGAAAUGGGAGGAGGAUGCUAGAGAAAAAACUAGAAGAUCAGGUUCAGGAGGCAAUAAUAGCCAAGCUCUACAUCAGAGAGAGUUCUUAAAAGAACAUGCUGAAGGAUUUUGGAGAAAAGCAACUGUUGUAUGUUGGCUGAGAGCAUUCUUCAAGCAAUUUCAUGGCUCCGUGACUGAGUCUGACUACGUUGCACUGCGACAUGGAUUUAUAAAGGAACACUUCCCACGAGAUCCUGCCUAUGAUUUUCACAAGUACAUGAUGCGGGAACUAGAAAAUGACUUCAAGAAAGUUGUAGGCAUAAGCUGGUACCUGUGGCUCUUUGUUGUGCUCUUUUUGCUGCUAAAUCUUGACGGGUGGCACACUUAUUUCUGGUUAGCCUUUUUACCAUUGAUACUUCUGCUUCUUGUGGGAGCAAAGUUAGAGUACAUAAUUGCUCGAUUGGCUCAAGAAUUCGGACAAAAGAUUGAAGGGGAAGAUCAAGAGGCUGCAAAAGUAGUGGGAGUCUUUAAUGGAAAGAAAGAGCCUAGAGUGAAACCUUCAGAUAAACACUUUUGGUUUAACAGCCCUGCUCUUGUGCUUGACUUGAUUCACUUCAUUUUGUUUCAGAACUCGUUUGAGAUUGCAUUUUUCUUCUGGAUUUUGUUCACAUAUGGAUUUGAUUCAUGCAUUAUGGAGAAGGUGGCCUUCAUCGUUACGAGACUCGUUAUGGGUUUAAUAGUUCAAGUGCUAUGCAGUUACAGCACCCUUCCUCUUUAUGCUUUAGUGACUCAGAUGGGAAGCCACUACAAGUUCCAUGAUGACGUGGAAUCAAAUAUUUUUCGUUGGCGUGAAGGAGCAAGAAGUGGAGUUGCUGGUGAUUCCUCUGCUCCAGGGACGUCACAGUCCCACAAAAUGGUCAAAGAACCAACACAACAUGUUCAAUUUGAUGAUCGAUCACAAGAAUCUUCAGUUGAGCUUGCUUGCAUUGUUGAGGCCUCCUCAAAGGAACCUUAUGCUGUCAAUUAGGCAACUGAGGUUUGAUAUAGUGUGAAUUAGAGCUCAAUCUUCUCUUCUUAUUUCUCUAAGAUUGCCAAAAAUUGAGGGGUGAGAAAAACCUAUGGUCAAGGAUUAUUUUAUUUUUUGUGGUGUGUGUAUACAAGGAUAAAACUAUUGUAAUAUAUGUGUACAAAUUACAAUUUUUUAAAAUUAUUUAUCUGUGAUAAA